UUCGAAGUUCGUUUUGUCAAUUUCGCACUCGGUAAGCUGUUUUUAGUGUUUUAUCUUUGGAUUCAAUUUGGUUUUCCGAUUAAGUUCAGUUUCUAAAUUAAAUUCGAUUGUCAUGUAUCCGAGGAUUCAUGGUUAAUGGAUCCUUGAAGCAGUUUCUACGGAAGAAAGACAGGACUAUUGAUCGUCGUAAGAGACUCAUCAUAGCCAUGGAUGCUGCAUUUGGAAUGGAGUAUUUGCGUGGAAAGAACAUUGUACAUUUUGAUUUGAAAUGUGAAAAUCUGUUGGUAAAUAUGAGAGAUCCACAGCGUCCAGUGUGCAAGAUUGGUGAUUUAGGCUUGUCAAAGGUUAGACAGCAUACAUUCGUUUCUGGAGGGGUUCGUGGAACUCUACCGUGGAUGGCACCUGAGCUUUUGAGUGGUAAAAGUAACAUGGUAUCUGAAAAGAUUGAUGUCUACUCUUUUGGGAUCGUUAUGUGGAAGUUACUUACUGGUGAAGAACCAUAUGCCGAUAUGCAUUGUGCUUCUAUAAUCGGGGGAAUCGUAAACGACUCUUUACGUCCAACAAUACCAGUAUGGUGUGGUCCAGAGUGGAAGGCUUUGAUGGAGCAGUGUUGGGCCUCUGAUCCUGGACAGACACCUUCGUUUUCUGAAAUAUCUCAGAAGUUGAGGAACAUGGCGGCAGCUAUAAAUGUAAAAUAAAGGUAAACCCGAAGCUAAGAUUUAAACUUUUCCGCCAUCAUACAGGGGAAAAAAUAAAUAAAAAGAGCAUUAAUGCAGUUUAAGGCCAUCCACUGCUUAGGCUAAUAAUACACUGCUAUACCAUUCAUAUGCCUGGGUUACUAGUACUGCCACUGGUUCUAAAGAGUGCAAAUAUGUACACUCUGACCUGUGGGAGGCCGCAUGAUAUGCAAAG